UGAACCGACACGGACUGAGUUGAAAUAAAAAAGAAGCACGAGUUAAUCGUGGGACUGCUGGGAAAACACAAACGACAUUUCACUCCUAAAUUUCGUCGAACGCCCACCGUCCCACAUUGCCACAGACCACUCACCUACAAAGGCUUCAAGGCUGUGGCCAUUCCUUUUCGCGUCUCAUUUUUAAGGGAUAAACUGGAGAGUUCUUUGUAUUACUCUCAAAUCAGAGCUCUGGGUUUUGUUUGUGAGCAGUAGAGAAAGACACAAAAGAAUGGCAUCCGUUGACUUCUUGGCCGGCGAGAGGAGGAAGGCUGAGUUUGACGUCGAUGCAAUGAAGAUCGCUUGGGCCGGCUCUCUCUCUGAAUUUCAACUCCAUGACCGUAUCUCCAAGCUCGUUGCCAGCGAUCCUGCUCUUAGUAAGGAGGGCAGGACUAUGAUGCCAAGGAAGGAAUUGUUUAAGAAUGCACUGAGGAAGGUGAAUCAUGCCUGGAAACUAAUCAAUGAACUUCGUCUUACCGAGGAAGAGGCACGGAAGUUUAGGUUCUAUAUGGAUGAGCCUGCGUAUACUGACCUUCAUUGGGGUAUGUUUGUACCUGCCAUAAAAGGAUCGGGCACUGAAGAGCAGCAAAAGAAGUGGUUACCAUUGGCCUACAAAAUGCAAAUUAUUGGCUGCUAUGCACAAACUGAGCUUGGUCAUGGAUCCAACGUGCAAGGCCUUGAAACCACUGCCACUUUUGAUCCCCGAACUGAUGAAUUUGUUAUUCACAGUCCUACAUUGACUUCAAGCAAGUGGUGGCCCGGUGGACUGGGUAAAGCCUCUACCCAUGCAGUUGUUUAUGCACGUCUUAUAGUAGAUGGUAAAGACUAUGGAGUUAAUGGAUUUAUUGUUCAACUAAGGAGCUUGGAGGAUCAUAAGCCUCUUCCAGGUAUAACGGUUGGUGAUAUUGGAAUGAAAUUCGGAUCUGGUGCAUACAACACAAUGGAUAAUGGGGUCUUAAGAUUUGAUCAUGUUCGUAUUCCACGGGAUCAAAUGCUGAUGAGAGUUUCACAAGUAACAAGGGAUGGAAAAUAUGUGCAAUCUGAUGUUCCUCGACAACUACUUUACGGAACCAUGGUAUAUGUUAGGCAAGCUAUAGUAUCAGAUGCUUCCACUGCUUUGUCACGUGCAGUGUGCAUAGCUACUCGAUAUAGUGCUGUGCGAAGACAAUUUGGCUUGCAAAAUGAUGGACAGGAAACUCAGGUUAUUGACUAUAAAACGCAACAAAGCCGACUCUUUCCCUUGUUGGCUUCUGCAUAUGCCUUCAGAUUUGUCGGGGAGUGGCUUAAGUCAUUGUACACCGACGUGACCGAGAAACUGCAAGCGGGUGACUUCUCAACUUUGCCAGAGGCUCAUGCAUGCACUGCAGGACUGAAGUCUUUGACAACCUCGGCUACUGCCGAUGGAAUUGAAGAAUGUCGGAAAUUAUGUGGAGGCCACGGCUAUCUUAAUAGCAGUGGGCUUCCGGAACUGUUUGCUGUUUAUAUCCCUGCUUGUACAUACGAAGGAGAUAACACCGUGCUACAUCUACAAGUUGCUAGGUUUCUCAUGAAAACUGUUUCUCAGCUGUUUUCGGGUAAACAUCCUGUCGGAACUACAGCUUAUAUGGGAAGACUGCAACAACUGCUGCAAUGUCGUUCUAAUGUUCAGCAAGCAAAGGAUUGGAUGAACCCUAGUGCGGUAUUGGAGGCUUACGAAGCAAGAGCUGCAAGAAUGAUCGCUUCUUGUGCUAAAAACCUAAACAACUUUGCUAACUCUGAAGACGGCUUUGCAGAAUUAUCUUCGGAUUUAGUCGAAGCAGCAGUUGCUCACUGCCAAGUGAUUGUCGUUUCCAAGUUUUUCGAAAAGCUGCAGCAGGACAUUCCAGGGAAUGGCGUGAAGCAGCAGCUGGAGAAUCUUUUCGGGAUCUACUCGCUCUACCUCAUCCACAAACACCAAGGAGACUUCCUCGCCACCGGCUGCAUCACCCCGAAGCAGGCCUCGCUUGCAAACGACCAGCUCAGGGCCCUGUACACUCUGGUACGUCCCAACGCUGUGGCACUAGUGGACGCUUUUAACUACACCGAUCACUUCCUCGGUUCAAUCCUGGGACGCUAUGACGGGAACGUGUACCCAAAACUGUACGAGGAGGCGUGGAAGGAUCCUCUGAACGAAACCGUAGUGCCUGAUGGCUACCAUGAAUACAUCAGGCCAUUGCUAAAGCAACAACUGGGAAUUGCUAGACUUUGAAUAAAGAAUUGCUUGCUUUAGUUUUCAAUGGAUUGGGUCUGAUGGCUAUUGCUGUUUGCUAAAUUAGGUGAUUUUUCCCCCAUGAAAGGGAAUGGAGGUUGAAAGCAAUGCAAAUGUUCAUGAAACUAAUGCGUAAUAAUACUUAAAGUAUAUACAAUUAAACUUCUAGUAAUAAAAUUAAGAGUUAAUAUUUAAUUUGGUCUUUCGACUAUUAAGAUUUUAA